AUGGCAUCUCCAGCUGCUGAGGAUGAGCCGGUGGUCCAGCUGCGGAUCUGGCUUGCUCAGAGCGGAGCCGAGGGCCUCGACAAGCUGAGGGUUGCCCCUGCAGCACCCGAGGAGUCCAAAGAGGAGCGAGGCAUCUUAGCUCGGGAGGCCAUAGGUCCUGGGCAGGUGAUCGCCAAGGUUCCGCAGACAUGCGUGUUCUCAUCAGAGAAGGCCUGGGAGGGCACUGUGGGUCAGGCAUGUUUGGCAGCCUUCCCGAAGGGAGAGGAUGGCAAGAGCAAAGUCUCCAACAAAAUGGUGUUCCUACUGGAUGUGAUUGCUGCGCGCACAAACAAGGAACAUCCACUGGCCGCCUAUGCUGCCUCACUGCCCUCCACGGCCCCCUCUCCUGUGGGCUGGCCACCAGCCCUUCGUGCUAUGCUUCAAGGCACAAACUUGGCAGCUGCAGUGGCGGAAGAGCGUUCCAAGCUGGAGGAUGACUUUGACGCGCUCAUGCCCAAGCUCAGGGAAGCGAAUCCUGAGCUUUUUUGUGAGAAGCGCUACAGCCUUGACAUGCUUCUUUGGGCGUAUGGCGUGUGGUUCUCCCGCCGGUUUCCAACUGCCCUAUCCUCACACACCAAGAGCUCUGGCUAUCGUUGGCAGCGGUCGGCCGAAGAAGAGAUGGAGGAGGAAUCAGAUGGUGAAGGUGCCAUGGUUCCGUUCAUGGACUUCACGAACCAUCGCAGUGGCACGAAGAUUGUUUGGUCUGCGGACGACAUGCAUGUCACCUUCACUGCAGGUGAGCCAGGUGUCGCUGAAGGUACAGAGGUGUUCAACAACUACGGUGACAAGAGUAAUGAGGACUUGCUUCUCAUUCACGGUUUCGCGUUGCUGGACAACAUCUUUGACACUUACGGUUUGUGGCUCUCGGUGCAAGUCUCUGAGGAACCGCCGUCGCAGCGGCCAAAGAAGAAGCGAAGGGCUCCGCCGAAAACGCAGCGAAUUGGCCCGUUCCUGCUUCGGCGAGCGGACGCAAGGUGGGAUCAGUUUCCGGCAGAGCUUUGGCUUGCCCUCUCCUCGGCCAGCGGCCGCGAGGCAGCUGCAACUGACGAGGGUGCGACGCACCUGGCAGUGGAGCCAGACCACUUGAGGAGUCUGGCAACGUUGCUGCAGCAGAGGUUGCAGGACUUCACGGCCACCAAAGGCCGGGAUCGCCACUUUGCCUCCGGGGGUGCGGCAGAGGGAGGAGAUCUGGAUCCCAGGAUCAGGUGCCUGCAUUUGCUCGGGCUAUCCUGA